AUGGGCUUAGCUGUUGCUCUCUUGGUGGUCUCUCGUAUCGUCUCUCAUCGAAGGUCCACCGCCCCGAACCUCCCUCCUGGUCCAAGAGGAUUGCCCAUCAUCGGGAAUGUACUUGACAUGCCGAGCAGCAAGCAAUGGCUCACGUACGCUGAAUGGGGCCGUCAAUACGGAGAUAUAUGCUCCGUCACACUUCUUGGACAACCUUUGGUUAUCCUCAACUCUGCUCGGGUAAUGGAAGACUUAGACCGAAGGGGCGCCAUAUAUUCAGACCGCCCCAAACUCGAGAUGGGUGGAGAGCUUGUGGGUUACUCCAAGACUGUGGUGUUGAUGCCAUAUGGAGCGGCACUCAGGAACUACCGCAAACAUAUCGCUCGGCUUAUAGGCUCCGCUAGUGCCGUAGGGAAAUACUUUGACAUCGAGGAAGAGGAAACGCGCAAGUUUCUACGUCGACUUAGCACGUCUCCGGGUGAGCUGAGUUUACAACUUCGAAAGCUGUCUGGUUCACUUAUCAUGAAGAUGACCUACGGUAUUGAAGUUCUGGAAAAUAAUGAUCCCUUCAUCACGCUAAUUGAAGAUGCCAAUGACAACUUCAAUAUUGCGUCUACUCCUGGGAAUUUUCUGGUCGACGUCUUCCCCGCUCUUCGUUUCUUACCGGAAUGGUUUCCUGGCGGUGGAUUUAAGACUUUAGCCCGGGAAUGGGCCAAAGCGUUCAACGAUAUGAUCGAUGUUCCCUAUAAGUUUGCAUGGCAACAGAUAUUAACAGGAACAGCACCCCGCUCUUUCGUCUCAGCCGCACUAGAGAACGAGGAAAAAAUCACCCCGGACUACAUAAACGAAAUCAAGCACACUGCAGGAUCUCUCUACGGCGCCGGCGCGGAUACCACGGCGUCCGCCCAACAUGGUUUUUUCUUAGCAAUGAUCCUGCACCCCGAAGUACAAAAAAUCGCCCAAGCAGAGAUUGACACGGUCGUAGGAACCGGCAGGCUGCCAGGCUUUGCGGACCGUGAGCACCUUCCUUACGUCAAUGCUGUGGUCACAGAAUCGCUUCGAUGGCACAACGUAGCGCCUCUCGGCGUUCCCCAUUGUGCUACAGAGGAUGGCCUUAUCGAUGGAUACUUAGUCCCCAAGGGAGCUAUCAUCAUUGCGAAUCUAUGGAACAUGCUGCACGACCCGGAAGUUUAUCCCGACCCAUUCACCUUUGAUCCCAACCGUUACAUGGGCAAGGAGACACAGAGAGAUCCUCGACACGUCGCUUUUGGUUUUGGGCGUCGUGUCUGCCCUGGGAUGCAUCUCGCGGACGCGUCAUUGUAUAUCUGCAUAGCGAUGUCCCUGGCUCUCUUUGAUAUUACGUAUGUGGUUGAGGACGGGGUCCCGCUGGUCCCUGUACACGAGAAUACGAGCGGGACCAUAAGCCACCCUAAGGAGUACAAGUAUAGUUUAAAGCCACGGUCAGCGAAAGCGCUCUCUGUGAUCUCAAGUUCCCAGGUCGCUUGA